AUGACCAGUGCAAGAGAAGACGGUCCUUCAGAACACCGGGGGUCCUCUACAGACGGGUCCUGGCCCAGUUUCCCUCAGGACAUCAGUCUGGCCUUCGCCUAUGGAUCCGGAGUGUUUCAGACAGCACGGGACCAGCAGGGGCAAAUGGACGUGAAGAUGCUGGUGCAAGGAGACAAUGGGAAACUCAGAGCUGCUUUAGUUGCGAAUUUAAAAAGUGCAGUGACCGCGUCUCUUCUCAUGCUGCCGGAGAGCUUCAGCGAGGAGGAGCUGUGUCUGCAGAUCGCUGGACUCUUUCCUACUCUGGUGAGAAGCAAAACUUCAGAGUACAGAUGUCUCUCAUCGUUCACCUUCCACAUCUCGAUGUUUCACUGA